AUGAAAAAUAAUUAUGACAGUACUAAUAAGUCGUAUCAAAGUUCAUUGAAAAACGAUGGGCUAAACGCGAAACAUUCUAACAUGAACAGUAAUUCAUCAUUUGCCUGCGAAGAACUUAAUGAUUUAAAUUAUAAACUCGACGAAGAAUGUGGUUGGUAUGUUGGCGAUAAUUCCGUAUGGCUUUAUAGCCAAGAUAAUGAUGUCUACUAUAGUAGCUCAUUAUCAAGAUUAUUUAGACUUGACCAGGAGAAAUUUAAAUUGAUUGAAAUGAGUACGAACUCUGAGCUUAAAGAAGUCUCAAACAAAGAAAUUAGUGUUGCUAAUUUAGAUGAUAAAGAUGAAUUUACACUAUUUUUGGAAAGGGAGAUUCAUGCAGGAACUAGUGUAAUUCCAAGUCCAAUCAAGAAUUUGGAAUUGUGUGAAGAUAGAUAUAUUACAAAGAAGCAAUUUUUCUUUAAUUCAAAAUUUCAAAGCCCAAUUACACUUUUUUUUAGUGCACUUUUUGAUGGCCAUGCUGGCAUUAAUUGUGUUGAAUAUGUCCAUAAAAGACUUUUAACAAAUAUUUGUGCCGUUUUUUCUCAGCAUAUGGGGCGAUUCAGUGAUAAAGAAUCAUCUUAUCGGGGUAAAAAUUGUAUUUAUGAAACGGAUAGCACUCAAAUUUUUUCUUCGCAUGUAGUCGAAUCUUUGUGUAAAGGAAUUACCAAAGGCUUUGAAAUAACUAACAAUAAUUUUCUUUCAAUUGCAAGGAAAAAUGAAGUAUUUGAUGGCACAACUGCGCUAGUGUGUAUAAUUUUUGGGCCGGAUCCUAUUGAUGACAAAUUAAAACUUGUUAUUGGUAAUUGUGGAGAUUCAAAACUUAUUCUUGGAUACAGAAGUGAAAAUAACUCAAUUUCAGCAAAAAGAUUGACAAGAAUUCAUAGACUCAGCGAUAUUAAUGAACGAACAAGAAUCGAGAAGGCAGGAGGAAAAGUUGAAUUUUGUAAUGGCGCAUGGAGAGUUCUGGUAAAGAAACAGCAAAGGUAUAGCUUUGAUAUUAGUGCUAAAUGUAUUGGGUUGUGUACAUCCAGAAGCAUUGGAGACAUAUAUAUGAAGGAACCUCAAUUAUUAUGUAUUUCAGAUCCCGAAAUUACAGUUCACGAAAUUGACUUCGACAACGAUUUAUUUCUAAUAUUAGCAACUGACGGAAUUACCGAUUUUUUUAGUGACGAAGAAUUAGUAGGGAUUAUUAAAAAAAACUUAAGAUCCUCUCCGAUUGAAGCUGCCGGCGAGCUUACAAAAGAGGCUGAGAAAAAAGGUAGCCUAGACGAUAAGACAGCGACAGUAAUUUAUUUCCAAUGGUCUAUAUCCAAACUAUUGAACAAUUGA